GUCAAAUAAUUGCAAAUGCUUGAGCGGUUUAUUGAUUGAAAGAUAUUUUUUCUCUUAUAUUUUAUAUACAGAAUAAUCAAGACAAGGGUUUGUCUAAUAUUGAAUAUAGUUGAUAAUAGUGAGGCCUUCAGUAAUAUGAUGAAACAGCGGCAAGAGAAGAAAAACCCCAACAUUGAUCCAGAUAAAUCCACCAAAAAACUCUUCUACAAAAAAAUCCUCACACUUUUAACCAUCCACCUAUUUUGUCUAGGUCUAGUUCGCUCUCCAAAAACCCCCAAAAACAUUUCCAAAUCAAAACCCAACAUAUCUCUCAUCUGCUUCAACACUAUCAUCUGCAUAUCUUCCGUCCUCCAAGUAUCCAGCUACAUAUUUCUAGAACCCUGGAACAAUAUCUACAUAAAAAUGGAACCUAUUCAAUUCUUCUGCCACUUGGUCCACGAUGUGUUCCUGUAUGCAUUUCUAGUUGAAAACCGUUGUAGAAUCCUGAAGGUUCUUCAAGAAAUCCAGCAUAAUUUUAGGGGGUUUGAAGGGGAGAUUUUGAGGGAGAAAAUAAGUGACGAGGGAAAAAUUAAUCGUCAAAUUUUGUUUCCGAUUUCUGCCGUUUUAAUAGCGAUCAGUAUCGCAUAUGUUUCCCAUGUUGGCGCGAAAUUACAUGAUUCCACCUUCUUGCUACCGACAUCUUUAAAGAUUUUAGGUGAAAAUAAUUCUGAUAUCAAAAAUUUGUACUACCUUUACUACUCUCUACAAAUUAUUCAAUUUAUCUGUGGAUGUUUUUCGUGUCUUCUGAACAGCGCUGGUGUGACUUUAACUAUAGCUUUGUUUGUACUCCUUGGAUCUCAGUAUGAAAUUUUGCAGAUUUGCUUUGAAAAUGUGCGAAAUCCUAGGAUGAGUAGACUUCUUUCUCCUAACGUCAAUCAAUUUAGAAAAUAUAAAGAUGAAAGACGUGAAGCUCUGAUGUUUGCUGAAGGGAACAAUAAUGGUGAUGACAUUUUCGAACAAGAUAAGGAUAAAAAAAGGAAAUUUAUUAUGUUGGCUAAUGGGAACAAUAGAGAUGAAAUUUGUGAGAGAAAUGAAAGGAGGGAAUUUAUAAUGUUUUCUGAAGGGAACAAUAAUAGCGAUGAGAUUUUUGAAGAAGAUAAAGAUGAAAGAAGGGAAUUUAUGAUGUUGGCUAAUGGGAAAAAUAGAGAUGAAAUUUUUGAAGAGUACAUACUGGAACAAAAUUUGAAGAUCUGCAUCAAGUAUCACAUGUAUUUGAAAGAGAUAGUUGCUGAUGUGCAGAAAAUUUUAAAUUCAAUAAUAUUUGUACUGUUUGCUGUAUGUGAGUUCAUGCUGUGUCUUUGUAGUUUUCAAAUUUUCCAGAUUUAUAGAGAACUUUCAUUCUUGCAACUGGCAAAAUGUUUCUCAAUGUUGACGGCAGUCCUCUUCUAUGAGUUUACUUCGUUCUGGUACGCUCAACAGCUCACCAUCAAGACUGAAAAGUUAUUCACAUCUAUCUACUUCAGUCAAUGGUAUAGUGGCUCCAAAAGAUACAAAAGCUGUAUCAGAAUAAUACUAUAUAAUACUAAAAACCCGUUCAUCCUAAAUGCUGGGAAGAUUGUGCCGGUUACAUUGGCUUCGUUUGUGCGGUCACUCCAGGCAGCCUUUUCCUACUUCAACCUGCUUCGUGCCUUGACUGAGGCGAAAUGAACUAAUUCAUAUUGAAAUAAAUAAUUAAUUUCAUUUUAAUUCGACAACACAUAACACUAGUAAGCUAUAGAUUAAUAUUAUUGAGUAGAGUAAAAACUAAUUCAAUGAAAAUCUCUGUGAUAGUUUCAUUCCAUUCAUGCACUAUUCUUCAAAUAAUAGCUUUCAAUUUAAAAAAAAAUUCAGGAACCUGUAUUACGGUACUGUAAUUUAAAAAUUGAUAAAAAUUCAUGCACUAUUUUUCAAAUGAUAGCUUUUAAUUUUCAAAAAAUGUUCAGGCUUCUGUAUUACCGUAAUUUGAAAAUUUAUAAAUGCUUUUAUGUAUUUUAGUAGUGAAAUACACAGUUUACCUGUACCAGUUAUAGAACGUUUUGUAAAACGUUGAUGUGUGGUAUAUGUUAACAAUAAGCUAUUAUGUGUGAAAUAAUAAAAUAUAAUUAGGCCUUUUCCUUGUAAAUAAUAAAUUGAAAUAAUUGAUAUUAAUCUUGCACAUCAAUUGAUUAUAUCAAUAUCUUUAAUAUCAACAGUUCAAGUAGGAUGAAGACAGAAGAAUGAAUUAAAAUAUAAUUAUCCACAAAAAAUGAAUUAUUCGCCUUUUCUUCACUCUAUAGAUUGAUUAAUUGCAUUUAUUAAGGCAAUAGAUAAUAUAGAAAUAGAUAAUGGAAAUGUGAUAAAUAGAUAAUAAAUGUGAUUUGGUUUAAGAAGGAAAAACAAAUUUCAUCAACAAAUCUUUUUAAAUAAUAUAUUUUAUUUUAUAAAUUUAUACAAGCAGUAUUUUUCAACAUCACAGUCUUUUUGAGAGCUAUGAAAACAUACAUAAUAUUUUAUUUUGAAUGCUAAUAAGAUCUCAAACUGUACAACGUUCAUUAUUUCCAGUGAAUUUUGGCAUGAGAAGUAGGUAACUCAAACACCAUUUCAUUCAUUUCUCUCCUAUCAAACUUGAUUAACUAAAGAUACGGUAAAACCUUUGGAAACACCUUAAUGUAGAGGAGUUCAUAGUGUGAAUUGAGAAAAUACACUACUUUAUUCUACAUUACUCUUUGAAUAGCACAUACAGUCCAACGCUGAUUUUCAAAGCAAAAAAAUCUUUUGAAAUCGGUAGCCUAUAUCAAGAAAUUACCUAAUUAUUUCCCAUUCAUCUAGGAUGAAUGGAUGAAUAUCGUCUAUUAUCACUUACCUCGUCAAUGGUUAUCAUUUUUUGAAGUACAAUAAUGAAACUUUAUAAAAUUCAAUCUUCAAAGUACUCUUCAUAGAUCACUUUUGCUGGGAGCGCUUCAAUAUAAUAGAAUGUUUUUUUAAAUGUGUUGUUCACCAAAAAUUAUUCCCAAUUUGUUCAUUUUUUCAAACACUUUUUCAAUACUUUAGAAGAUAUGAUCUCAUAAUAUUUCUUUAUUUGUCUCAGUGUUCAUUAAAAUCGAUGAUAAAAUACACCAUUACCACUAUAAGGACCUUCCAUAUACGGUCAGGCUUCAUUCUCAUGAGAAUCCUUAUUGAAUACGGUAUUGGAUCAGACUUGUUUG